GGCCCUCCUCCACUUCUCUUCCUUUCUCCCUAAACCCAAAACCCAUUUGUCCUUUUGACUACUUGCUUCCCUACUGCAUCUCUGUCUGGUUUAUCGCUGAGCGAAAGCCGUCCCGCAUCCCCAACUCAUCGAAACAUCUACUUUCUACCAUACAUAUUCCCCGUUCCUUCACUGCAAAUAACUGCCCAACAUGGAUAAGAUCAAGGAGAGAAUGAACAACCUCCGCCUCGAGGCCGAGGAGGCCCAGGAGAAGGUUGAGGAGCUUAAGGGCAAGGUCAAGACGCUGGAGCAGGAGAACCUCGCCAAGGAGCAGGAGAUCACAUCCCUCAACCACCGGAACCAACUUCUGGAGGGUGAGGUCGAGAAGCUCGAGACCGCUCUUAAGGAGGCCAAGGAUUCUGCCAACCAGAGUGCUCAGCACGAUACUCAGAACGAGGCUCUCCAGCGCCGUCUGCAACUUCUGGAAGAAGAGGCCGAGGACGCUGACCGGAACCUCCGGGAGACCAACGAGAAGCUCCGCCAAACCGACGUCAAGGCUGGCCACUACGAACGCAAGGUGCAGGCUCUCGAAGCGUCCCGUGACCAGUGGGAGAGCAAGUACGAGGAGAUGGCGAAGAAAUACGCCGAGUUGCAGAAGGAUCUGCACGACCUCGAGGUCUCCAUCAGCAAUGUUUAAAAAGGAGAUGGCGCCGAGGCCCGGAAGAUGCUGGAUUUCAGCCUUUUCCCCAAAUAUACUUUUAUCUUUGCUUUCUUUUCCUGCACAUCACAGUCUGAUCUAUAUGUCCUGUCUGCAGGGAGACGGAUUUUAGCUGUAUCUUUUUCGUCGUGUCAUCUAGCUGGCUUCAUCCGCAUCAUCAACCGGUCUCUCCGCUCGUCCCCGUGACCUUGUUUAACCCUUUAUUGUUUACCAUAUUAGUCAUUGUGAAGGUACAUAGAGCAUAUUUAAUUGGGAGCGCCCCUCUUCUGGCUUCUG